AGUCUUUUUUUGUAUGUUUCUGACUUCUCUGGGAUUCUUGAAAAUAGGUCGUUGAAAAAAAAAGGAAGUUAUUCUGUGUCUAAAAUAUUUUUUAACUUGUUCAAUCGCAAUAUUUCAUAAGCUUUAUGUGUACUUUAUGAAAAAUUAGAGCGAUUUACAUUCAUCAUCUAGACAUAAAAUACUUAUUGAAUUAUUUGAUUUCUAUUUAUUGUGUCCUAAAAUUCCGUGGGCAUGAAAAUGGGUUGAUUUUUGCUUACGCUUAGAACUGGCGUAAUUUGUAAUGAGGUAUGUCCACGAUCAGAACCUCAAGUUGGAGUGCAUUACAAAACUGUUGAUUUUCUGCACAUUGCACCUCCAUUAUGGAAAUUUCACAGUUUGGAAGAAAACUUGCUGAAGAAUUGAGCCCCAAAAGAGUCCAGGCAAAUUCCCCAUGCACUGCUGCAAUUACAUCUGAUGUUUCCCAAAGGCAAGGGUGUCCGAUUGUGCAGUUCAAUGGCUGAAACCUAUUCAUUGUUGCCAAGUUAAUUUAAUUUUGUAUUAUGCAAGAUGUGGACUUACCAGCAGCCUAGGUGCUAUGGCUCAAGAAUUUCUUCCCCUCUGUGAUGUUUUGUUCAACAUCAUAUCAUUGGCAUCAUACUUCUGUGACAUCGUGUUCGAUGUCGUCACCAUUUAUACCCUAUACGUCAAGGAAGAGCUCGCGUGGUUCGUGUUAUCUCUGUCCUGCAUUAUGCUGUCCCUGCUCAUUAGCCAGCUGCUGUCACUGAAAUGGUAUUUUCACAGGAAUAGUGGCAAAGAUUUCAAGUUGUCUGUCGUCGCAUUUGUUCAUUUGAUACAGUUCGGUGUUCUGUGGAGGUAUUUCAAGUUGUUUUUGCCCGUUGAUCUCGGUGUGGUCAAAAAUGAAGUCCGGGAUCUGUGCAUGCUCCGGUUGAUUCACGCCUUCUGCGAAGCCGCUCCCAUGCUGCUCAUCCAGCUGUACCUCGUCUGGACGAAGCCGUCGUCCGCCGAAGUGACCGACUUGAAUCUGGUUUCGACCGUCCUGUCCCUCUUCAGCGUCUGCUGGGCCCUGGCGUCCUUCAGCAAGAACGUCCGCCGGCGUAACAUCCACAAGCUCGUCCUGACCUGGCUCGGCGUCAUCUUCCAGUUCUUCUGGAGGCUGGGGACCGUGUCCUCCCGCGUCGUCAUCCUGACCGUGUACGCCACCCUGUACCACUACUGGGUUUUCGUGGUCAUAGCCUUGCACUGGCUGACGAUGUUUCUGUGGCUGAUUUCGCCCAAGAACGUGUUCCACGGCGAAUCGAUAUCCCUGAAGAAGAAGACCAUGUACUCCAUGCUGAUUGCGUUUGUGUAUAUCUUUUGUUACAUCAACCUUCAGGAAAUCAACGCUCAGCAGAAGAUGGUCGCGUUUUACGUCACCAUGUUUUUGGAGAAUUCGCUCCUCAUGGCGGUCUUCCUCUUCCUGAAAGGGAAUGCGGAAUGGUACCACAACACGGCGAUUUGUAUCGCGUGGGGAGGCUUUCUCGUCGGUAUGCUAUUCAUGGUGUUGUACUAUAAGUUCUUCCACAUUCAACACCUGAAGCACAGCUUGACUCCUAGCGAUGUCGAGUCUCACUGUGCGGACUGCAUGACGGACACCUGUGAUAACCAUGACUCCAAGCCCGGCUCGGAGGGCGAACUCCUGGGCAACGGUGGCAAGGCGUCCGGGACUUCGCCCCCGUCUAAGUCGGCCCAUCCCGUCAUCUUCCACCAAUCCAACGGACACUUCCAGAACGGCAUGGUGAGCGGCAUACCGGGAGUGUUCAACUGCAGGCUCAACCCGGCCUUCAAGCGGAAGAAGAAGAAGCCGUCCAGCUUCGUCCCCCCUCCCGCCCCCGUUUCCGCCCUGGCCAACGGGGGCAAGUCCAACCCUUUCUGGAAGAGGCUGCCCCCCAAGACCUGCAGCAGCGACCACGAGAGCAGCGUCGGGUCGAGGGUCAACAUCCAGCAGAAGCUGCAGGAGAAGAAGCAGCAGCAGCUCCAGGAGCUGAAAGAAAUCGAGGAGGAGAUCAAGCAGGGCAAGCUGAAGAGGCCCCAUCCGAUGGACAUAGGGGACCAGGACACUCUGCGUCAGCCCAUCCCGCACUCCAAAAAGCAGCCCUGGGUCGGGCCGGGAUCCCCGGCCACCCGCCUGCCCCCGUACCACUCCCUGAUGGGCCCGCACCUCCUGAACGAACUGCGGCCCAAAGCCAAGCAGCGAUCCCAGACCCCGGAGAUCCUCCUCGUCCCGGAUUCCCUGGACAGUUCCAGGAUAUACUGCGAGUACAUGGAAUCCAGGAACUCGUACCUGGCGUCGCCGCCCCACGUCAUCUACCCCCACCACUCGGACGUGUCCAGCAACAGCAACAUGUCGGCGGCGUCCAAGACCAAAAUCUGUCCCCGUUCCCGCAACCCGGAGACCGUCAGGGAGGCCCAGUGUCGGUGCCCCCCGCCGGACGCCGACGCCCCCUACAAGCCCCACAACGUGCCUUCGGACCUGGACAGCCAGAUAUCCCUCCCGCGCUCCUACACCCUCCCGAGGGAGUUCCGGUACUACCGGAGGCCCCGGCCCAGGAAGCCGGUCAGGACGGAGCACUUCGUGCCUUCCAACAAUUCCAGCGACGGCGACGUGGAUUCGGCGGACGACAACGAGAUCUACGUGCCUUUCCCCAACCACAGGGCCGGCGCCCCGAUCCGGCUGCGGCCCUACCAGCAGCCCUACAGGGCCUGCAUCCCCGUCUCAGGGCAGUUGCACGAGACGAAGUUAUGAAAGUGCCGAUUAUAUUUGUGAUUCGCUUACACACGAACGAGA